GGCUGACCAACCGGCCGGCUCCCACAAAUAAAUGUUCGAUCAUUGUUAUUCUAAUAAGGAUUUCUUUUGUGUGUUUCUUUUUAUUUUACAGACAACAACUCAUUCGGCAGCACCGUGUGACUUCCCGGGCUUUGCGGUGGUUACUGUUGCGGAUGCUGAUCAUUAACCAGUGUUAAGUCGGUGUCGUGGUGACCUAGCAGCAGUCGCAGGUGGAACUCUCAUGCGUAAGCUGAGUCGUGAUCAGAAGAUUUCCAUCAGAGUUCUUCAGGGAACAAGUGAUGGUGAGCGCGAAGAAAAGGUUUGAAUCGAUUUGAAGUGAGUUGUGGCUUUCGAGCAACAAGGUUAAGUGCAUCCAAGAGCCAGAGAAGAAAGAUCCCCACUGUUCUCCGGAGUUGUGUUGUGGGCGUCGAGAAGUGCUUAGUGCGUAAAAUCACUGAAUGAGCGGUUUUCGAGUGGCAAUCCGUCAAGAUAGAAAAUAAAUAGCGGAGAAGAUCAGAUUGUGAUUAGGCGUCGUCGUCGCCAUCAAGUGUAUUUAGAAGUGUGGUGGAUAUUGAAGUCACACAAUCGGAUUCAUUGUUUACGGCGGCAGCAGCAGCAGCAACAGCAACAGCGAGACCUGGUAGCAGCGCAGAACUCGACCCCUGGAACUCUUCUCAAGUAGAUUCAGUUCCAGUUCAUCGCCACCACACAAUAAAAGCUGCCCACCCAAACGGAUUCCAACUAAUCACCAAUCACAAUGUCCACCCGAAGGCGGAGUAGUAAUUCUAGGAGUUGGAACCGAUGUUCCACCAUCCUCUCCCUAGCCCUGCUCACAGUCGCCGCCGCUCUCAUCGGUGGCAGCUGGGCAAUGACCAACAGUGUGUUCAAGGCGUUCAGCAAAGAUCAAACGGUGACGUCCAGUACGCUGGGGUGGGAAAAGUUCAACGGCGAGAAGACACAACUGCAGUACGCGGUGACGAGUUACAACCCGGCGGAACAUCCCCGCUCCAAGGAACUGGUGGACAGUGACCAGCUGAGCCACACCAGCUACGUAUGCCGGAUACAGAUCGAGGGUAUCUACUGUGCCGGACAGACGCACAUGGAGGACUCGUCCACCAUCUGUACGGCGUCGCUGCAGUCGGACGUCCGGCGGCACCGGACGUUCGAGGUGCUGGUGAACCGAAACGGAGGCGGAAAGCUCAAGUGGCAACCGUGGAACAAGUUCCGGACGGAGAAGUUUCCCGGGGCCGUCAGCGCCAGCAACGGAAAGGUUGAUGAUUACUACGUGGCACGGUAUAAGCUGGUGAAUCACGGCCACCAUCAUCCCUACAUUGUGGGCAAUUACGACCCAUUGGAGAAGCUCGGUGGACGAAUCUACGCUCCCCUUCCGGGAAUGCAAGACACGGUGGAACACGAGAAAGGAGACAUCCUGGUCGAAAUUGAACCUGUCAAGUACGAAUUGCGAAACAUUAAGCUGAACAAGCUGCGAACUGAAAUUAAGAAGAAUACCACCAUUCUAGGUUCCACAAUUCUAUCGAACAUCGAGGAUAUGACCAAUCAGGCCGAAACGGUCAUCACGUACGAUUACGCCAAAGUGACCUACUACGGUCGGCAGCUGGGCGUUGGCAAUGGUGUUCCAACCAAGGUGAUUGACCCCCGAACGCAACAACCGGUCGAUAUCUUUUGGGGCGUAGAGCUUACGGAGAGGAAGUUUGAGACGAAAGCCAUCAACACGAUACUGCAACCGGGUACUGCCAUCAAUGUGACCCUGCUGGGUAACUACACCGAAAUGGAGGCACCGUAUCAUGCGCUGCUUAAGGCGUACUACGAUGAUAACAGCGAUGCGACGUCGAGGAAGCUGACUGGAUAUAUGCUCAGCAAAGACAUGGAGGACGUCAAGAUCGAGUUCAGCCCCAUCUACUGGAUCGAGAACGGCACCCUGGUACCGACGACGACGACAACCACCACAACGACCACCACCUCGACGACGGAGGCCACCACCACCAGCGAACCGGUCCCAAUAACUGACACCCCUCUGGCCGACCUCAGCAACCGUUUCGGCGGUGGCGUCAUAGACGAAGAAAUGAGCAACGAAAUCAACAGCCGAGAGGAGGCCGCCAGCAGCCGAAGUAUCGAUAAGCCGGAAAGCAGCAUCAGCAUGUCCAGCAUCGGGGGUGCCGGGUCCGGCAAGCGGCAGAGCAGUGGGGCCACCACAAUAACCCGGUGGUCGUCGUCCGGGGCGAUAGCGCUGGUGGUGGCGGCGACGGCGGUGAUCAACGCGGCAGCACAAUGGAUUUAACUCUAGGCUUGAUUCGACGUAGCUUGUAGGUUGUUUUUCCUUUUGGGACGAAGAAAAGUGAGUUUAUUUUAAUUGACUAUCGAUUUUCCAAUUACCAACUUUAGUUUUGUUGUUCCUGUGUCCGUUUUUAUUAUAAUUUUUAUAAUGGCUAAGUUAAGUGGAAUGAAAGAGUUUCUGAGGAUAAUGAUCAUUGGAAUGUGCAGAAGUUUUAGUGAUGUAAGAAGUUCAAACGAAAGAAAACCAUUUUCUCAUCACAUUGCUCUUGUUUUUUUUUACUAGCUGAUAAGUGCGCGUAAGUUUUAAAAACUAAGUUAAACAAACCACUAUAUCAUUCUGUAAUGAAUUAGGCAGAAAUGAACGGCUAAAUUUAUCAAACGAAAAGUUCUCAACCGUUUUUCCAUGAUUUUGAAUAGUGCAAAGAAAAAUCGACCCAGUGGACAGUUUGAAGCGCGAGUAAAGGCGUAGCUUUUACCAUUAAGCCGAUAUCGAUGCGAGAAGUCGGCUGCUAAAAGUGAAAUAAUCUAUAUGUUCGUAUCAUGUAAAUAUAGUUAAUAUAUUGGAUUAGUUUAGCAUUAUUGUAACUCUAUCUGAAUUGAUUAUUAUGUAGGAAAAAACAGACGACAAUUGAUUUGCGCGAUUUUAGGAUUCAGUAAGUGUCGAAAACAUUCCAAUUUGAUAGUACCUACAAACACAUGAAACAGUAGUUAGAAUGGAGCGGCCUAUUUCUUGGAGGAUGCGGUUUGUCGAAAGACUGUACACGGAAUAACAAUAGAAACAGUUUCUUCUGGUUCAACAUGAAAGGGAUAAACAGCUACAGUUUGGUAUCUGUCUACAAACAUCAUUAGCACUUGUUAAUUUCCAACGACUAAAUUUCCGAUAGGAUGAAUAUUCUAUUACAACAUCUCAAGUUCGAUCAAUACACUGCCAAUUCCACGAAAUCUUCCAAUAGACCUUAUUUGUUUGUCCUUUCGCUUUGAACCAGAUGAGAGUUGUCUUUCUCCGGGAAAGAUGUUACAGCAGAAAACUCAGACACACCUAUCAAAAGUUUCAUCGAUUAUGUAACACAUUUCUUUUCAAGUUUAACUAUGUAUUAUUUUUGUGUAACCUACCUGGAUGGAUGCAGUGUAGCGUCGGUCUCGGAAGAUAUUCAUCCAGUUUACCCGAAAGAUUAGGUCAUCUUGGCUAUCCAUAAUGACCUCUACCUGUAUUUGCAUGCAGCUGUAUUACGACUUUGCACUUCAUGGAAAAUGCUAAGUGUUACAAGAUAUAAUAUUCUUUAACAACUAUAACAAACAUUAUCUCUAUUAUUCACUACUUCAAUGGGAUUCGUGGCCGUGCGGUUAGAGGCGUUUCGUAAGCCUCAGAGUGUGGGUUCGAUUCCCGCUUCAGUCGGUGAAAACAUUUCGUCAAACGGAAAAUUCUCCACUGGAUCACUGGGUGUUUCGUGUGGUGUCCGUUGUCUCAUGUUUGUGAUCUGUUUAGUUUGUGCAAAUUCUGGUUGAAAACGGUGCAGUAUCUUUUUAAACACUAACUCCACUAUGCAUGCCUCUGUCUCCACCCGCAAUCAUGUGCUUGGUGUCAUAGUCGAGUACAUUGUCAAACUGAUUCUCAUUGUGCCAGUGGCGUAGCCAGAAAUUUACUCUGGGAAGGGUUUUUUGGCGAUAAAGGAUACCUUUUGACGUAGGACUACGUCUCUCUUUUCUAUACCGGGUGUCAUUCUAAAUUUUCAGAAAUCGGCCGCGUUACGUUUAAAGUGGAGAUUUUGAGCGUUAAUAGCUCAGCCAUUUCUUGUUGAAUUUUCUAAAUUUUGGCACCAAUCGAUUGCAAAUCUUUACACCAAUUAUGUCCAAUAAUAAUAUUUGCUGUUUUUCAAUAACAAACUAUUGAAAAAUUGGGAAAAGUGAACCCAUGUUUAUUCCAGCCAAUCACGAUCGAGCACAUUUUGGAUGCUCCCGUCGAAUAUAAAAGCUACUGCUUCUUCGCAUCUUCCCUCAUUUGUCUUUGUCGUCUCGAGGUGAACGCAUCGAACGAGAGCGGCCCACUUUCUUCGUUUGCGUUUUCGCUCAUUAUUCUUUGACGGCCGUGUUGGCUCGGCGUCGGUGGUUGUCGGCAAGGGUGCUGUUGCACAUUCGCCUUCUAACCGUCUAAAGCGGCACGCAAAAACGGCUACGCUCAAAAAUGUGUUCGGCCUGCACAUUUUUAGUAAACAUCCAUGCCGCACAUGACUGUGUUGGAAACACACAUUUUUUUUUUAAAUUGCUCGUACGCUCACAUUAGCAUGUAUUUUGCAAUAAUUUCGACAUGGCAACCUCACUGGGUUUAUAAACCACCUUCAAAUACCGAAAAAUAUUGAUAUUUUGCAAAAAUGUGAGCGUACGAGAAAUUUAAAAAAAUGUGUGUUUCCAACACAGUCCCUGUGCGGCAUGGGCGCUACUCAAAAAUGAGAGUUUUUAUUUUAGAGAGGGCAGACGAAGGAAAGAAUACGUUUCAUCGAUUGCUCGGCGGUGGUGGCAGAGGCAGCAAAAUUCACAGAAAGAUCCGCGACAGACGAAUUUGCGAGUUGCGUCGCUGUCCUCGGGGCUCGGCCCUUCACCGGCGGCGGCGCAAUGAUGAUAGCAUCAGGAACAUCCAGGGCAACAAGCGGCGGGCCAAUUUUCGACGGCGUGCAGCAUUCAGCACGGAGGAAUCCAACACGCAUUACGUGGCAUGAUAAAUUCAUGUCAUUUUGACGUAGGACUACGUCUCUCUUUUCUAUACCGGGUGUCAUUCUAAAUUUUCAGAAAUCGGCCGCGUUACGUUUGAAGUGGAGAUUUUGAGCGUUAAUAACUCAGCCAUUUCUCGUCGAAUUUUCAAAAUUUUGGCUCCAAUCGAUUGGAAAUCUUUACACCAAUUAUGUCCAAUGUUAACAUUUGCUGAUUUUCAAUAACAAACUAUUGAAAAAUUGGGAAAAGUGAACCCAUGUUCACUCCAGCCAAUCACGAUCGAGCACAUUUUGGAUGCUCCCGUCGAAUAUAAAAGCUACUGCUUCUUCGCAUCUUCCCUCAUUUGUCUUUGUCGUCUCGAGGUGAACGCAUCGAACGAGAGCUGCCCACUUUCUUCGUUUGCGUUUUCGCUCAUUCUUCUUUGACGGUCGUGUCGGCUCGGUGGCGGUGGUUUUCGGCAAGGGUGCUGUUGCACAUUCACCUUCUAACCGUCUAACGCGGCAGACCAAGGAAGUGUUUGAACAUCGGAUUGAUCGACGGUGGUGGCAGAGGCAGCAGCAAAAUCCGGAAUCGCACCCACGGCAGCAAGCGGCGGGCCAAUUUUCGACGGCUUCCAGCAAACAGCACGGAGAAAUCCAACACGCAUUGCAACAUGAAUUGAUUUCAAUUCCUUCCUAAAACCGUCCAUAAUUCAAACGGUUCUUUGCAGGACAAUCGAAAAUGCUUCCUAGUGAGUUAAUUGAAUAAAUUUCCUCCAUCGACCGAGAAAGUGUAGUGAAAACAAAUAGUGAAAGAUUGAAUUCUUGGUGGUGGUUCAGCAACAGUGAGGGCGAUCACUAAUCUCAUCCACGGCAGCAAGCGGCGGGCCAAUUUUCGACGGCGUUCAGCAUUCAGCACGGGGAAAUCUAACACGCAUUGCGUGGCAUGAUAAAUUCAUGUCAAUUUUCUGUCUAAAAUCGUCCAAUAUUCAAACGGUUCUUUUCAGGACCACAGAAAAUUAUUCCUCAAGAGUUGUGAAUCAGAUAAUUAUUUCAUUCCAUCGCUCGGUAAAAGUGUGGUGCAACCGAAAAGUGAAAAAUUGUAUGCUUGGUGGCCCCGCAACAAUAAUGAUGCCGGCCACUAAUGAUUCCACCAGGAAUUUAGCAACGUUCUAUCAUAUCCAGAUCAUUUUUCGUGAAACAUUGUUUAAUUUAACCAUUUUUCGAAUUAAAAUAAUCUAAAUCUUCCAAUAUUUUGGUUACUUUAUUCGUUAAAUGAAAAUUUUCUCAUUUCUCGGUUGAUUAAUCGAUUGAUGCGUCUGGAGCAUGAGGGGCGGGUCAUGCAAACGAAAUUAACUGAAAAGCCAGCCGAAUGGGAGGAGCUUCAUCUGCAAAUCUAGGGGCAUAAAACCUGUUCCCUUUAAUUUCUUUCGUCAUUUUCGUUGGAUCAGUUAGGCAGGGUGAAUGUCACCUUCAUAGCUGAGCAGUGGCACAUCAACCCAGCCGCAACUCUCGGCUAUCGUGCGGAUAGCACCAGGAAUCUCAUCCAUGGCAGAAAGCGGCGUACCAGUUUUCGGUGGCAUCCUGUAUUUAGCAAGGAGAAAACCAACACGCAUUGCGUGACAUGAUGUUUUCAUGCACUUUCGUUCCUAAAUCAAACGGUCCUUUUCAGGACCACCGAAAAUAAUUCCUCAAGAGUUGUAAAUCAGGUAAUUUCAUUCCAUUAAUCGAGAAAAGUGUGGUUCAAUCGAAAAAUGAAAAAUUGAAUUCCGGCCACUAAUCGUUCCACCCAGAAUUUAGCAACGCAUUGUCCUAUCAGAAACAUUUUUCGUGAAACAGUGUGGAGCGCCCAGAAAUUACGUUACGUUAAAAGGGGGGGGGGGGGGUUCAACAAUGUGUGACGACCCAUACAAAAAUUUCAGAGGUCCCAUACAAAAAGUGUGACAGUGAUGAGGAGGGGUUGAAAAUGACUAAUUUUUGUGUGCCGUAAUUUAAGGACGAUCCCUUGUUUAAUUGUAGCAUUUUUCUAAUUACAAUGAUCUAAAUCUUUUUAUAUUUUGGUUACUUUUUUUGUUAAAUGAAAAUUUCUCUCAUUUCUUGGUUGAAAAUCGUUUGAAGCGUCCGAAGCAUGCGGGGCGGAUCAUGCAAUCGAAAUAAACUGGAAAGCCAGCCGAAUGGGAGGAGCUUCAUCUGCUAAUCUAGGGGCAUAAAAGCUGUUCCCUCUGAUUUCUUUCGUCUAAUUUUUUCUUUCGACAUUUUCGUUGGACCAGUCAGGGAGGGUGGAGGUGAAUAUCACCUACACGGCUGCGCAACGGCACGUCAACUGCGACGAGUGAUAUCACCAGGAAUCUCAUCCACUGACCACGGCUGUAAGCGGUAGGUCCGGCAAGGAUAAUGGAAGUUACCUCCGCAGCUGGGUAGCUGCGCACCAACCCAGCGACGACUCUCGACUAUCUAUCUGAUAGAACCAGGAAUCUCAUUCACGGCAGCAGGCGGCGGCAGUUUUCGAUGAAUUCCCGCAUUCAGUGCGGUUAAUUUUCAAUUGUCUUUCUAAAAUCAACCGUUAUUUGAACUGACCUUUUCAGGACCAGAGAAAAUUAUUCCUUCAGAGUUAUGAAUCGGAUAAUUUUCGGAUAUAUUUCAACGAUCGGUAAAAAUGUAAUGCAUUCGAAAAGUGAAUGGUUGAAUGCUUAGUGGCUCAGUAACAGCAAAAUCGGUCACUAAUCUUUCUACCCGAAAUUUAGCAACGCGUUAUCUUAUUCGGACAAUUGUACCUGAAACAUUGUUUCAUUCUAAUAUUUAUCGAACUAAAAUGAUCUUAACUAUUCAAUACUUCAAUUAGUUUAUCCGUUCGAUUAGAAAUUGUCUCAAAGAACGGUUGCAGUCGUUUGAAGCGUCUGACACAAUGUGGGCGGGUCAUGCAAACGGAAUAAACUAGGAAGCCCGCCGAAUGGGAGGAGCUUCAUCUGCUAAUCUAGGGGCAUAAAAGCUGUUUCCUCUGUUAUCUUUCGUUAUUUUCCUUGGAUCAGUCAAGGAGAAGGGAGAUGUCACCUCCCAGCUAGGCAGCAGCACACAAACUCAGCGAUGACUCUCGGCUAUCGUGGUGGCAGCACCAGGAAUCUCAUCCACGACAGCAAACGGCCGCAUUCAGUAUGGGUAAAAUCGCAUUGCGUGAUGAAUUCAUGCAAUUGUCUUGCCAAAAUCUUCCGUUUUAUAAACAGUAUUUUCCAGGAUCAGCGAAAAUGAUUCCUCAAGAGUUAUGAUUCGGAUAAUUAAAAGCGACAAUAUGAAAGCUUGGUAGUUCAGCAAUAGUGAAGUCGGCCACUAAUAUGUUCUUCCAAGAUGAAAACAACGUAUUGUCGAAAGAGUUUCACGUUAAACUUUCGUUGAAAAGAUCUAUCUAACGCCGUUCAAUUAUCUAAUAAUUUUAUUCGCUCGAUGAAAAUUCUCUCGUAGAACAGUAAUUUAACCAUUAAUCUUCAAAACGAAAUAACUCUUGAACUAGUCAACAUCUUUCCAAGUAACCGAACCAGCUGAAUAACAGCUUCUUGAGCUAAAGUUUGCUUAAGAGUGAUUUGUUUUACUCUUAUACAGCUAAAAUGUGUUUUGGGUUAUGAAUGCGUUCAGCGAAAGCGAUCACACAACAACUUGACUAACACAUCAGUCCACCAUUUGUAUUAUUAUAACAACAAACAUUGUAUUAUGGAAAUAUAAAAGUCGGAACCUCGUUCCAGCCUUUGUCCUACGUCAACAUUGCGGUUAUGUCUCAGACAUUACCCACUCCUAGUUUUUUUGUGGGCUUCGUGGCCGUGCGGCUUGAGGCGUCAGUCAUCUAGACGUUUCCUAAGCCUCAGGAGUGUGGGUUCGAUUCCCACUCGUCAGGGAAAACUUUUCGUCGAACGGAAAAUUAUCCCUUGCUUCCAUGUUUCCGACGUACGAAGAUUCCUGGGACAAUAUCCAACGUUGCAGAUGUUGUGAUUCGACGUGUUCUUGCCCUACUUGCCAUCCAAUGAUACCUAGUUAAACUGGAAAACAAAAUUAUAAUGUUAAAUCGAUGACAACAGUUAAAUAUAAUUUUCAUAAAAUUCAUAAUGCUUAUUGCUUUUGCUGCACUCACCAUCAAUAUAACAUAGGGAAACCAGGAGAAUAGAGUCUACAGUACAAACCGAAAAAGAAUGAGAUGGAAUUUGGAUGGACCGAAGUUGCAUGCCAAUCAACCCAAAUGACAGACGGUUUUUGAAGCCUAGUUUGAUGUAACCUUUGCAAAAACAAAAUGUAAUUCUCUCUGUUCUAACCACGAAAAACAUAGCAAAAUACUCGGAAACAAUUAGGACGAAGGACGAUGAUGAAACUCUUGUGUAGAUUAAUCGAAUUAUACAACAAACCGGGGGAAACAUCACAAUACAUACAAUCUUUUUCAGAUCUAAUAUGUGAAAUAAAUGAACAAGAAAACCAAACAAAAUCUAAAAAAAGAACAUAUAAAUGCCUUGCGUGUGUGAUCAAUACUCUUACAUACUGAUUGAAAUACCGUCUUGUUGCCGCAAAGGUGUAAUAUUUGUAAAGCUGACGCCUGUAGUAGUCCUUGUAGAUCCCGUGUACCCAAACUGCUCCUGAAUUAUUGCUAAGAUCGUGUGUCAGCUAAAACUGAGCAGACGACAUUGGGAAUGUGAUCAAUAUUUCGUAGUACCGAUUUGAGUCCGAAGAGUAUGUAAAAGCAAAGAUAUGGAAAGAAGCUUCGCUUGAUCAUGCUUGUUACAAAACUAAAAAAAACGUUAAUUUGUGUCUUGAGAGCUUGAAACGUAACUCCAAAUUAAUUCUAAAAAUUUAAGCUACCCAAUGAAAACGAUUUCAUUCUGAGAUACCUACAUCAAAGAACUUCGAAUAAAGUUAACUUUGGAGGAUUAUUGAAAAUCACGACAAAAACGCAUACGUUGCCUUGAUUUGCCUGUGCUUCUUCAGUAUGUUUUCAUUAUUUACAAUUGUGCGAAAAAAAAUAAAGAAACCGCAAAUGCAUCUAUUUAUAUAUUAGUCACAAAGAAACUGUAAAUUAACCUGGCCAAAAUAUGAAGCGUUUAAAAGAAUAGUGGAAAUUGAAAAUCAAAGUCAAUGUGAGCGAUAAACGAAAUGCAAUUGAACGAAGGAAAACGAUUAGGGAAAAAAGAGUAAGACGAAGGAACUAAAACAAUAGCAUAAAACAAUUAUUCUGCUCUCUCUAUCUACCCACUAUUUGAAUCCAACAACCCACUCAUGUACAGAAGUAACAAUCUCCAAAAUCCCUGGUCCUGACAAAACAAAAACGAUGAAUUAAGCAGAAAAAAAAACAAGAAUUGAAUAAUGAAAUUAUACAAAUUGCGUAGAAGACAAACAAAAGAACACAGACGCUAUUUUUAUAAUCGUAUUUAUUACCAGUAGCAAAUAAGCGUAACGAAUCACCACACAACAACAACACACACACAGUCACACAAUCUAUUGUUGUGACGCCGAAGAGCAUCCAGGAGAAGGAGGAGGAAGACUCAACAUCUUUGCCGUGUUCCUUUUUUGCUCUUUUGUGCACACUGUGGUAGCAUAAUAUAAAAAUACAAUGAACGUGUUGCUAAAGUUAAUGGAAAAGCGCGAAAUAUUUCAAGAAGAGAAAAAAAACACUAGUCUGUAAGUUGAUGAUUGUAGGUAUGCUUAUAAGCGGAAAUGUUCGAAGCAAGAAGAAAGAAACACAAGCAUUAAGCGUAAUGUGACGACAGCGAAAUGUGAGAUGAUGGAAAAGAAAAGGGAAGGAGGGAAAGCGAACAAACAAACAAAACAAGCAGAAACCGUUAUAAUUUGUUGAUUGUAUAUUAUUGUAAUGUAAAGCAACUGUAUUAUGAUGCAAAAGUGAACAAGAAUAUUCGCAAUAAAAAAAACGAGAUGGAUCAUCA